ACUCAUGUCUAACUGGGUGAGAAACGUCCGCUGAAGCCUCUUCUGUCUACAUCAUCGCUUUAUAUUUACUCACCAAAAAGUCAAGAAAAACUUCCUGACAGGCUGCCACAAAUAUUACGCAGGACUGUGAUGACGCCAACAUUGGCAGAUCAUGCCUCAUCUGCGGAGAAGGAAGAAAAAAACACAAACUUUCUUCCUGUUUGUUUAUCGCUCAGAGCAUCCCAUCCCUUCAGUAAGACUUCCCGCCUCAGCUCACAGCUGUGAGCAACGACCUCUGCUUAAUUGCAUCUGGAUUACUGGAAAGCAGAGGGGAUGAGACUACCAGAGAAAAUACCCCUGCUGAGUCCUUAUCUUCUGUUACAGGGCGUUAAAAGGGAAAUGAACUCUCAAAUCCACAACAGACCAAAGGGAAUAUCGCUAACACACACCAGCCCAUGGGUGUAUUUGGCGAUGGAGAGCCCGAACUUUACGCACAGCUCUGUUUCUUUAAACGACACUUUGGUUCGGAAUUCACAAAUGACAAGCGUCGAGACAGCAAUCGCUUUACCCAUUUUUAUGUUUGCUGGAGGCGCCAUUGGGAAUAUAAUUGCAAUAAUCGUCCUUUCAGUGUCAAAACAGGAGAGAAAAUCUUCAGCUUUCUACACGCUGUUGUGCGGUCUGGCGGUGACGGACCUGCUGGGCACCUGCCUGGCCAGUCCGCUCACCAUAGCCAACUACCUGGACCACAAUGUGCUGAAGGACCACCAUGUCUGCGAGUUUCACUCUUUUUUGUUGCUGUUUUUCGGUUUAACGGGACUGAGCAUCAUAUGCACCAUGGCAGCAGAGCGGUACCUGGCCAUAUGUUGCCCGUACACCUACCAGCGGUCGGGGGUGGACCGACGCUUUGCGCAAAAGUUCCUUUUCUUUAUUUACAUCAGUCACAUAUUCUUCUGCUGCCUCCCAAUGAUGGGCAUGUCGGUGAGCAAGCUGCAGCCGUCCGGGACCUGGUGCUUUAUCGAGUGGGAGACACACGAGCCUGUGGCAGCCGCGUACUCCGUCCUGUACGGCGCCGUCAGCCUGCUGCUCAUCCUGGGCACCAUCGUGCUGAACCUGGCGGUGUGCGGGGCUCUGCUGCUGAUGCGCCAGAGGACCGUGCAGCGGCCCGUGACCAGAGCCAGCGUCCGGGAGAGGUGGAGGGCUCUGUCCUCGGCUGCAGAGACGCAGAUGAUCGCGGUGCUGGUGAUGACCUCCGCGGUGGUUCUGGCCUGUUCAGCCCCGUUGGUGGUCCGUGUGUUUGCCAACCGUUUCAUGCUGAAAAACGACCCCAAAGCUGACCUGUCUGCCAUCCGAAUAGCCUCUGUUAACCCCAUCCUCGACCCCUGGAUCUACAUCCUCCUCAGGAGGUCUCUUUUUCGGCGAUUACUAAGUCUAUCCAGGCGAGGUAGCAGCACUCGCAGAGGUUCAUCUUCUACAACACAAAGGGAUCUGUUGGAUCCUGAUCUCAUGAGGGACAGCCACGUGUUCACCCAGCUGAUGUGCAACGCAAACAUUAUAACUCAGCUGCCUGCCACCGUCAAAUUCACUGCACACAACACAGAGAGCCAGACAUAAAACAGACUGAAGAUGUGUUCGACAUCCAUGAAUAUUUGCUGCUCUCUCCGGCUCCAAGCAGCUCGAAGCAGGGACUUUGUCUCAGAGUUGUUGUCAGUAGCAUGCUAAGACUGGGACGUCUCUGUGGGCCCACUGGACAGGACCCUCAGGGCUCCAGUAGGAUCAUUUAUGAAAUGAAAGUCGACAGCUGCUCUGCAUCUACAUAGAUGUCUCCUUCAAUGAUAUGGGAUAGAUGAGGAAAAACUAACUUUGAUGUAAUUAAGACAUGAGCAAACCUUUAAUUUGUGCCUUAAUCAGACCACCCAUCCUCCCUCAGUUACUGCCAUGUGCAUGGGGAACCUUUCAGAAGUUGGUUUUGCAUCAGGAGAGACAUUUGAAAGACUGAUAUGAGCUUGAUGAAGCAAUGACUAAAUGCUACUGAGCUAGUUUGAGCCUUGGUGUCUUUUGUCUUCUCGGUUGGACUGUUUUAGUCUUGAAUGGAACUCCUGUUGCUUUAGGUUUUGACCACCUCGACUCUCUUAUUAUAUUUCACCGUAAUAACUGAUUUAAACCACAUUGGUCCUGUCAGUGGUAAUGAUUACAAAUGGAAAGCCUAACAAUGGGCAAAGGGACCAUAUAGGGACUAUUAUACCCUCUUCAGUUCAGAGUUCUUUAUUGUCCCUCAAGGGAACAUUCGAUUUUUAGUUGGAGGUACAAAAAAACAACAAAAUUAGGCAAAAAACUUCAAAACAUCCUCGUAGCACGUAGUCAACAGAUUGAUUAAGUGAACAAUUUCAACACUUGAAAAGUGGACAGUGUAAAAAAAAAACCAAUUUGAGAUUGUCUGGAAAAGUGAUUUCUAAGGGUGUCACUGAGAAGGCCCAAGUGACACUAAUGAAAACAUUCAAGAGGUCUGCAAGUUAACAGCUUUAAUUGCACAAGGAACAAAAUACAUUUUAACGGUUUGUUUUUGCUCUAGGGAGCCAAUAUCUCUGCCUAGAGGGAAGAGGAACGAAUUCCUCUAAGAGUGCGUGGUCAGAGCACCACUUUUUUUUUUUUUUUUUUUAAGAUUAGUUCUUUAUUGA